ACCAGCUAACAGAAUUUCUUAAACUAAUCUGUACACGGAUCUACAUCUGUCCUAUAAGCGUCUGUAUUUGUUGAGGCUACUAUGACUAUAGUUUCCAUGCAUGAUAUAUAUAUAUAUAUGUAUAUAUAUAUGCUCCGCGUGUCUCAUUCUCGUUGCCUUUGAGUUUGAGGUUGAGUUUUGACUGAUGAGUUUUAAUCUUGUAAAGUUGUUACUCGUUGGUCUGCAUUGUCUGAAAGACUGGAAAUAAACAAAUAUUUUGAUUAUUUUGAGAAAAAUUAACAAUAUAUAAGAACUUUCAAUAGGUGAUUUGUAAGUGGAUUCCUCAUUCAAGACAAUAUAAAAUCACACAGUAAUGGAAAUAGACGAGUCAAGCCCAACUUUUGAUAUGUAUGAAGCUGAUCCAAGUACAGAAAACAUUGAAAUUGUAGGAUCACCAUUAGUAGCAGGAAAUAUUGACGAUGAUAGUGACAAUGAACAAGGUGAUGAAAUGUCAUGUGCACAAGCACUUCAAUCACUUGAAAAUGCUUGGUUGAAUGAAAAAUUUGCACCAGAACUGUUACCACAUCAACAAGAUCUUGUUGAUUUCAUGUUGGAAACGAUUACUUACAUGGAAAAUAAUAUAAAAAAAUGUGAAAAAGGUGACAUUCGUAUUAAUAUUCACACUAUGGAGAAUAGAAGAAUUAGGUUCAUUAUCUCAAGUUAUUUAAGAAAAAGAUUAGAUAAAAUAGAGGAAUAUGCAAUUCAUUUACUAACUGAAGAUAACAAUAGAAGUACAGAAGAAGCUUACAUGACACCUGCUGAAACAAAGUUUGCCAGAGAAUAUUUAUCCAGUGUUGAGAACUUGUUCACAACAGUAGCUUUACAGCAUAUGCCAGAUAAUGUUAAUAAUUUUGAUAUAAAAGCAAUGGCUUCCAAACCCAAUAUGGACAAACAUGUUUUUGUAAGAGCAAACAAAACAAUUAAUGGUAUUUUAAUUGCUGGUAAUGAGGACAUAGAUUUUGAGGAAGACUCACAACAUAUUGUACAGUAUAGUGCUAUUGCACAUUUAGUAAAAAAUGGAGAUGUACAAUUGAUAUAGCAAAUAGUAAAUUUUUUACAUACAAAAGUUGAAGUAUCUAAAAUUUUAUAAAAACUUUUUGAAUUAUAAAAUACACUGUACAUACCUCAUUGUUUCCGGUAUAAAUUUAUAUUUUUAUACUAAUGAUAUGUUUUAAAAAUCAUUGGUAUUUUUAAUAUUUAUUGUUUGAGAAUACAUCAUAAAUAAAGUUGUCAUACUGUCUCAGAUUGAUAUUUAAAUAAUAAGAUUUAGUAGAAUAUUUUCAAUUUUGUAAAAAUACAAUUUUGUUUUAAUUGCAUUUCAUUUUUUUGC